GUGGCGAAUGUGAGAAUGUCCGCGAAAAAGAGGUUCAGGCUUCAGCGUGCAGAGAGCUCUACAGCUGAACACUGUUGUGUACCUUUAUGUUCAGCAUCCAGUAAGUACAACAAGGUACUUAGUUUUCAUACAUUUCCCACCGAUGCGGAUACCCGAUUUAAAUGGAUCGUCGCUAUCCGGAGAGAGAGCUUUACAAUUGGUCAACAUACCCGAGUUUGUAGCCGGCAUUUUAAAAAAGAGGAUGUUCGCGAGCCGCGGUCUGAAACAGGGCGACGACUGUUGAAGAAGGGAGCGGUUCCAACGUUGUUUGAGUGGAACAAUUUCUCCGUUCCACUUUCAAGACUGGAGGUUUUGGAGGAGAGAAAGCGACCGACGGAGGAUAACGCACCGGGCGAGGAGAAGGAGGAGGAUAAUAAAAUCGUCGAGGACUACGCUUUGGCUCCGACUGUUAUAAUACAUAGAUUGGAAGAUCCAGUACUGAAUGAUGGCAACUCCAUGGACUUGGAUGACUUGCAGCUGUUUGGUGGAUACAGCCCAGAUCACCUGGACAACAGUGGAGAAGAAACUCAGGGGAAAAAUGAUAGCGAAGAAGGAACAGGGGCACAGCCUUUGUUUAGAACAGAGGUUUCAAGUGGAAAGGUUAAAGGACUCCGAGGGUCAAAUAAUGAACCUGCUGUGUGUGAGAUGUGUGGCGUUGUGGGAACCAAGGACACCUUCUUCUCCAAAACAAAGAGGUUUUGCAAUGUUUCUUGCUCAAGAAGUUACUCCUCCAACUCAAAGAAAGCAAGCAUCUUGGCCAGACUGCAGGGCAAGCCACCAACCAAGAAAGCCAAAGUACUUCAGAAAACUACUUGGUCCUCAAAAUCUGGAACCGUAGUAAAUUCACAGAGAGCUGGGCAGCAACAGGAAAGCACAAGGAUUAGUCAUGCAGUCCUUGCACCGAGUUUUGACUGGGGAGCUUACCUGAAGGUGAAUGGCAGCAGUGCCGCCCCUGUGAGCAGUUUUCAACACGUUCCUCUCUGUGACCAAUGGGAGGAUGUGUGUGUGGGAGUGAAAGUGGAGUUACUAAACAAUGAUGCUGUUCUGCCCAGCAAAGUAUACUGGAUUGCACACAUUGUUCAACUGGCUGGGUACAGGGCGCUAAUGCGAUAUGAGGGUUUUGAAAAUGAUGAGACUCAUGACUUUUGGUGCAACUUGGGUACCACAGAAAUCCACCCAAUUGGCUGGUGUGCGGUGAAUGGAAAGCUUCUGGUGCCACCACAGAGUUUGCAUGAGAAAAUUGAUGACUGGAAGGCAUAUUUGACGAAGAGAUUAGUGGGAGCGAAGACCUUGCCUGUGGAUUUUUAUGUUAAGAUGACUGAGAGUAUGAAGUAUCCUUUCCGGCAAGGGAUGCGUGUAGAGGUGGUGGACAAAGAUCAGCUGUGUUGUACUCGUUCGGCCAUCGUGGACACUGUAAUUGGAGGUCGCCUGCGCCUUCUGUAUGAAGAUGGAAAUACUGAGAGUGAAUUCUGGUGCCACAUGUCAAGCCCAAUUCUUCAUCCUGUGGGCUGGUCCCAGCAAGUGGGCCACAAGAUGAGAAAAUAUGGUAAUAAAUCAAAUACCGGAAGCAACCUUGUCACCCGAAAGGUUUACUGUGAUGCUUUUUCCACACUUUUCAAAAAGGCUCGCACUGUGUAUACAGAAGGUGGAUUCUUUGAAGUUGGGAUGAAGCUAGAAGCAAUUGAUCCCUUAAAUCUGGGCAAUAUUUGUGUUGCCACUGUGCAAAAGGUCCUGAUGGAUGGGUACUUGAUGAUUGGUUUGGAUAUUACCGAGACACCUGACAGCAAUAACUGGUUCUGCUUCCAUGCUUCCUCACAUGCUAUCUUUCCAGCUGGCUACUGUGACCGCAACGAAAUUCACCUCACUUUACCAUUUGGAUAUGACAAGAAGUCCUUUUCUUGGUCGCAGUAUCUCAAAAACACAGGCAGCAGAGCAGCUCCACCGCGCCUGUUUAACACGGACCGUCCCAACCAUGGGUUCAAACCUGGCAUGAAACUGGAGGCAGUGGACCUCAUGGAGCCACGGCUGAUCUGUGUGGCUACAGUUUUCCGGACUGUCGGACGGUUGCUGCGUAUCCAUUUUGAUGGCUGGGAUGACGACUAUGAUCAGUGGGUAGGUUACGAGUCCCCUGACAUCUAUCCAGUGGGCUGGUGUGAACUUAUAGGCUUGCAGCUACAGCCUCCAUUAUCUGCAGAGGAGCACCUAAACAAGCCAAAACAGGAGCAGAAGAAAAAGAAGCCAUUGGGAAAAAGAAAGAGAAAGCUGUUACGGAAGAAGUUAGCAUCACUUAUUGCAAAGAACAGGCCUCCUCGACGACCAAAAGUAGAACCUUCAAUCUUACCAAACCCUGAAGAACAGCAGGUGCCGUUAGUAUUAAAGUCGGAAGAAAAAGGUGUCUUUGUUGAUGCCAAAGAGAAUGAAGAGCUCUCGGGGACAGGAGCCUCUCAGGAUGUCACACAGUUGGUUAUCAAGACAGAACUCAAUGAGUGAGACUAAACAGUAUGCAUUUUUUGUUUGUCCCCCACAAUGUGAAGUAAAUGAACUAUGUUUAUUGAUUUAUUAUUAUUAUUAUGAUUUUUUUUAAACCUCCAUGAGGUUAACAAAGAAAGAAGAUUGGAUGCAAGGCAUCACUUUAGCCAAACUAAGUGAGCCGGUUAAUGGCAACAUAACCUGUUUGCCUAUACCCUCAUUUUCAGAGGUUGUCAAAUCAUUUAUAAUAUAUAUAUAUAUUUUUAGAGAUUAUUCAAAAGAGUACACAGACUUUGAUAAGAUUUCUACCAGGAAGUUUGAAUUGUCCUGUUUGUAUUUAUAGAUGUCAUGUUGUUAGUAUGUGAUCCUGCAAAAGAUUUAAAGUGGACAGUGGUGGGGGAUUACAAAUGGUAAUAAGAUUCUAAAGUAAUAUAAUACAUAGGCCAAAAUGUUUUCAAUUAUUUGUGAUUAAAUAAAGUUGACUGUGGCAUUACAUUAAAAAAAA